UAGAGUUUCCUUCUUCCUCUUCUACUUCUUCAACUCUCAAGCCAUAAAAAAAAAAACACCAUGUCAAAUCUUCAUCCACCGCAAGCGUCCGAAACCCCUCCAUGGGAAACGCCAUCUUCAAAAUGGUAUACUCCAAUAAACACACCAUGGAGAACAACUCCAAGAAGAACAAAUUCUACUCCGAGUACAACACCAAUAGCUCCCACGGAAGUGAUUGAGUCUAAAUCACCUUUAUCUCACCAGAGCAGCCCUGCAACGCCUAAGCUAGACGGUAUGGAAUCACAGCCUUUACACGAGACAAUGGUUCUCUUGCGGCUUAGAACAACCCGGACCAGUCCAUGGAUUUGGUGUGGUGCGGCUUUGUGUUUUAUCUUCAGCAUACUUCUUAUAGUCUUUGGGAUUGCUACUUUGAUUCUUUUUCUUGCCGUCAGACCAAGAACCCCUGUUUUCGACAUCUCUAAUGCAAAGCUCAACACAAUCCUCUUCGAGUCACCUGUUUAUUUCAACGGUGAUAUGUUGUUGCAGUUGAAUUUCACCAACCGAAACAAGAAACUGAAUGUGAGGUUUGAGAAUCUUCUCAUAGAGCUCUGGUUUGCCAACAUAAAGAUUGCCACACAAGGUGUCUUGCCGUUUUCGCUAAGAAACGGCAAGACUAGGCUAGAACCAAUCCGUUUGAUUUCAGCUUCGAUCUUCUUGCCUGUAAACCAUAUAAUUGAGCUCAGAAGACAAGUGACAAGCAAUAGGAUAGAUUAUGAAAUCAGAAGUAAAUUCAAAGUGAAAGCUGUUCUUGGGUUUGUUCCUUAUUCGUAUUGGCUGCACGGGAGUUGUCAGCUACAACUGACGAGUCCACCAGGAGGUGGCUUGGUUUCUCGGAACUGCACUACAAAAAGAUGGUGAAAAACAGAGGUCAUCUUCAAAUUCUCUAGCUUUUAUUGUGUUCUUUGAACACAAAUCUUUCGUCUGCUCACUCACAAGAUGUAAAAACGAAUCAAGAUUCAGUAGACUCCAUCUAUGCAAGAAUGAGAUAAGAGUCUGUUCUAUAUUGUUAAGACAGAUCUAGUAAAGUUGAUGUACUGUAUAUAGUUGAGUCAAAGAGAUAAUUCUUA